AUGUCUGCCGCCACUCAGCAAUUCGUUUCUGAGGUUCGAUCUAGAAGAGAAUCGCAAAUCCCACCCGAGUUUCGUCUCACUGCCGCACAAGUAUCGUCUGUUGGUGAUUAUGAUGUUAUCACGUUCUUGAAUACCAAAGCUGGACUUAGUGCCCGAGAGCUGCAGAUCACCAAUUCUCCUUCAGCUACUGAGCUUGCCAAGAAAAUCGCAACACAAGAAUACACUUCUUUGGAAGUCACGAAAGCAUUCUGCCAUCGUGCUAGUCUUGUCCAGCAGCUAUGUAACGCUGUGACGGAGAUGUUCUUUGAUGAAGCUUACGCAAGAGCGAAAUACUGUGAUGACUAUCUCGCUAAAAAUGGCAAGACUUUGGGACCUUUGCACGGCGUGCCAGUCUCAAUUAAAGAGGAAAUGGAUAUUGUUGGCAAGUUGACCACUUGGGGCUUUACUGCUUGGGCUAGAGAUGGACCAGCUAAGAGCAACGCUGCUGUAGUAGACAUUAUCCUCGACGCAGGAGGGGUCUUGUAUGUGAAGACCAACGUACCACAAUCUUUGAUGACAUGGGAGUCCACCAACGUUUUAUGGGGCUCUGUACUUAAUCCUAAUAACAGGAAAUUGGGCUCAGGAGGUAGUUCUGGAGGCGAAGGCUGUUUGAUCGCUGCUCGUGGAUCACUCCUUGGUAUCGGAUCAGAUAUUGGUGGUUCCGUGCGAUUGCCGAGCAGUAUAACUGGAAUCUAUACCAUCAAACCCUCAUCGUUUCGAUUCGCUUACAACCGGUCAAGGAUCUUCCAUCAAGGAUUGCCAUUGAUUUUCCCGGUCAACGGACCUAUGGCUGUUAGUAUUGAUGAUUUAGAGUUGUAUUGUAAGAUUCAGUGUACUGGAAAUGGUGGUCUUGCUAGGAAGCUUGAUCCCAAUGUUGUACCCAUUCCUUGGUCGCCACUGACUUUCAACAGGAAGCUCAAGUUGGGAUAUUUUGUGGAUAAUGGAUUUUGUGCCCCUGUCGCUCCAACCGCCAACGGAAUUGAAGCUGCCGUGGAAGCUUUGAGACGAGCUGGGCAUGAAGUAGUCCCGUUUCCAUCUGUAGUUGACACCACUGCCGUUUUUGAAAUGGCUCUUGAAACCUUCAACGGCUACACUGACGUCCUUCGUGACAUCAUAUACAAACAAGGCGAUGAGGGUCUGUGUAAAGCAAUGCGACCAAAUCCAAAUGUAGACCCUCUAGCUGGUGGGCCCACUCCAUCAAUGACUGCGGAACGCGUAUGGAAUGCAGUUGACGUCCGCGAAACUGCCAAAACCGUCUACUUGGACAAGUUUACCGAAAUGGGACUUGAUGCUGUUUUGUCUCCAACGCUUGGUAUUCCCAGCUGUGAACACGAUGAAUCGGCUGGAUUGUUUGCAGCUAUUUCGUAUACUGUUACUUGGAAUGUGCUAGAUAUGACUGCUGGAGUAGUUCCAUGCCACACAGUGAGCGACCCUACUGGAGAAGACGCACCAAAGGCUUUGGGUAGAGCAUUCAGACAUCCUGGGGAAGAAGCUGUUCAUCUCGCUUAUUCGAAGAACCCAUCAGUGUUCAAAAAUUCGAAGGUGGGAUUACAAGUUCUUGGUUUACAUCACGACGAGGAGAGAAUCAUCGCUGUUAUGCGUGUAAUCGAUUCAGUGCUCAAGACACAACCCGAAAUCUACGGUCAAACACGAUUAGCCACAUCAUUGCAUAAGAGCACUUAUCUUCGCCACUCUACCGUGAAUCGUAUCACUAUCAUCCAUAGCACGGUCUUCCUUGUCAAGCAAUUUGAAGCCCAGACGCUAAUGCCAUUCGCAAUCAAAGAUGUACCUUCCAUGGAAGGCAAAAAUGUAAUCAUUACCGGAGCUAAUGUGGGAUUGGGAUAUGUAACGGCCCUGGAAAUUGCUCGAAAGGGUGGAAAUGUGUUUAUGGCAUGCAGAUCAGAGUCAAAGGCAAACGAAGCUAUCGCCAAGAUCAAGGCAGAAGUUCCAAACGCCAAGGUCGAGUUCAUGAAAUUGGACCUGCAAGAUCUGAAGCAGGUCAAGGGUAGUGCUGAAGCAUGGUUGGCUAAAGGGCUGCCAUUGCACGUCUUGGUCAACAAUGCUGGUAUCAUGGCCAAUCCCUUUGCUUUAACAAAGGAUGGCAUCGAGUCUCAGUUUGGCACAAACCACGUCGGUCAUUUUGUCCUGACUCAGACCUUGUUGCCAAGGAUUAUCGAAUCGCAACCAUCGCGAAUCGUUGUGUUGACCAGUUCAGCUCAUGCCAUGGCACCUCAACCUGACGGGAUUCCUUUCGACAAGAUUAGCGAUGAAAAGGCCUAUACUCCCUGGGGCAACUAUGGAAUUUCAAAGCUCUCCAAUAUGCUAUUUGCAAGGACACUGGCUGAAAAGCUCAAGGAUGAGAAAGUGUUUUGCAAUUCAGUGCAUCCUGGUGUUGUUCGCACAGAACUCAUGCGAGGACCUUACGAAGUUUAUGGCAGCUUCCUCAAAGUUCUCAUGUUUUUCAUGAGGCCGUUAAUGUUCCUUCCAGUAGAAAAGGGGGUCUUGACGCAACUGUACCUCGCAGUUUCACCCGAUAUCGAGACCAAGAACUAUCGAGGUCAAUUCUUUGAACCGACAGCCAAACUAUCUAAACCGUACACCGCUUUCGGGACUGAUGACGUACUUGCACAAAAGCUAUGGGACUACACCCAGAAGCUUGUAGACGAGAAACUUGCCGCGUAA